GAUAGCAAACGAUGUCACACUCUUCAAAACGUAUUUCAUUUAAACGUUCUUGUACUAAUAUUGUGUCCGACGUGUUUACAUUUAUUCGUUUUAUUAAUGAAGGAUCAAACAUGCAAUCUAUUAAAAACAUGAUAAAAAGGUUUAAUGACAAGCUAUAUUUGCAUACCAUCUCUCGGUUUUACUGUUUUCAAAUGAUCUUUCAAGGAGUGUUUCCGUUGACAUUGUCCGUAAAGUUUCAAAACACAACAGCUGACCGUAUAAGCUAUUCCUCCUGGAUGGAAAAUUUACCGUCUCGCUUUCACAAUAAACCGCUGAUCGACAUAGCGAUACCUGGUUCCCACGAUUCGGGCAGCUAUUCGCUGAGCCCGCAAUCUCCGUACUCCAACAGACUGGACCCUAAGGUGAAAGAAAUUAUUAGUUUAAUGGAUAAUGUUACUGGCAAAGACCUUCUAUACCGCUGGUCCGUAACGCAGGCUCAAACUAUAGGAGAACAAUUAAGAAGCGGCGUCCGAUACCUGGACAUGAGGAUAUCGUUUGAACCUUCCCAGAACGAGCUAUACGUCGCUCACAGCUUGGUCGGAGCAAAGUUGGCCGACAUUCUGAUGCAAAUCAAGAACUUCGUCAAUAAAUUUAAAAAAGAAAUCAUCCUACUCGACUUUAAUCACGUCUACGCCCCAAUUGGGCACAGACUCGGCGCAUUUGCUCUAUUAAUUUCCGAGGUAAACGCUAUCUUGGGCGAACACUUGUGCCCAAGGACAGAUAUAUCUCGCAUAACGAUGCAAUACGUAUGGCGAAGCGGAAAACAAGUCUUGUUUUUCGUCGACAGCGCAAACAAGGACCUACCAAGGUUCGCCUGGAGUAGCAUUACUAAUAUAUUAUCACCAUUCGAUAAGGAAACAUUCGAAGAUCCUGAAAAAUGGAUGGCGUUUUUGUCAACACGAUACAAGUACAAACGUCCGCGAAAUAGGUUCUAUAUAACGCAAGGUGUACUACUUCCGCAUUGGAUUGAAAUGCUGGCCGGGCAAACCGUUAAUGCGACGCUAAAGGCCUGGAUUUCGCAAACGGCUUCGAUGCGUUUGGUGAAGUGGAUGAAAAAGCGCAAAGCCGGACCGAACGGCCUUAACAUCAUUAUCGCGGAUUACAUAGAGGAAAAUAACUUCGUGCCCACAGUACUGUACUUGAAUUACAGCGGUCGAACGCCUUCGCGCAUGCACGCUUGCGUAUACGUUGCAAUGCUGUUCGUCUACGCCGAGGUAUUUAUAUUGUGAAUGUGGUAUAGUCAGUUGAUUUUAGCAAAACUGCGUUGUGGGUGCACCCAAAACCAUCACAUCAAAACUAGAAAUAUUUAUUAUAUAAAU